UUUGUCUGCUCGAGGUGCUAGCCGAGCGGGCGUUGUGGUCGCAGGCCGGGGGCUGGAAGUGUCAGUGGCGACCGCGGCCCCGCGGGAGGCCGAGCAGGAGGGACCACGCGCCGGCUCGCCGCGCUUGCUGGCAGGGGGCGGUGUGCAAGCGGAGCAACAUGCAGAUGGGCGCUCAGCGCUCUGACGACCCCUCCCGAGGAAGAGAGGCUGGGGCUGUGCUGGCGCGGCGGGGAGCAUGAGGGAGGCCGGUGGGCGGCUCGAAUUCGAGCGCUGCUAGAGAGCGGUGCGCGCUGCACACUCGCCGGGGCGCGGCGGAGGGCGGGAGCGGGCUGCCGGGAGCUGUUCUGAUUUGCGACGCGAACGCGAGGGGCCCGGAGCAGCCCCCAGCCCCGGCGCGCUGCCGAGAUGGGCAACGCGGGGAGCAUGGAUUCGCAGCAGACGGAUUUCAGGGCGCACAACGUGCCUUUGAAGCUGCCGAUGCCCGAGCCAGGUGAACUGGAGGAGCGAUUUGCCAUCGUGCUGAAUGCCAUGAACCUACCUCCUGACAAAGCCAGGUUACUGCGGCAGUAUGACAAUGAGAAAAAAUGGGAACUGAUUUGUGAUCAGGAACGAUUCCAGGUGAAGAAUCCUCCCCAUACAUAUAUUCAGAAGCUCAAAGGCUACCUGGAUCCAGCUGUAACCAGAAAGAAAUUCAGACGGCGUGUUCAAGAAUCCACACAAGUGCUAAGAGAACUGGAAAUUUCUUUAAGAACCAACCACAUUGGAUGGGUAAGAGAGUUUUUGAAUGAAGAAAACAAAGGUCUUGAUGUUCUGGUGGAAUAUCUGUCAUUUGCGCAGUAUGCAGUCACAUUUGACUUUGAAAGUGUGGAAAGCACUGUGGAGAGCUCCAUGGACAAAUCAAAGCCAUGGAGUAGGUCCAUCGAGGACCUGCACAGAGGAAGCAACCUGCCCUCACCUGUGGGCAACAGUGUGUCCCGCUCAGGAAGGCAUUCUGCUCUUCGAUAUAAUACUUUGCCAAGCAGAAGAACCCUGAAAAAUUCAAGAUUAGUGAGUAAAAAAGAUGACGUACAUGUCUGUAUCAUGUGUUUACGUGCCAUCAUGAAUUAUCAGUAUGGUUUCAACAUGGUCAUGUCUCAUCCACAUGCCGUCAAUGAGAUUGCACUAAGCUUGAACAACAAGAAUCCCAGAACAAAAGCCCUUGUCUUAGAACUGUUGGCAGCUGUUUGUCUUGUCAGAGGCGGACAUGAAAUCAUUUUAUCAGCAUUUGAUAACUUUAAGGAGGUUUGUGGAGAAAAACAGCGCUUUGAGAAGUUGAUGGAACAUUUCAGGAAUGAAGACAAUAACAUAGAUUUUAUGGUGGCCUCCAUGCAGUUUAUUAAUAUUGUUGUACAUUCAGUGGAAGACAUGAAUUUCAGAGUUCAUCUCCAGUAUGAAUUUACCAAGUUAGGCCUGGAUGAAUACUUAGACAAACUGAAACACACUGAGAGUGACAAGCUGCAGGUACAGAUCCAGGCUUACCUGGACAACGUGUUUGAUGUGGGAGCUCUGUUGGAAGAUGCUGAGACCAAGAAUGCAGCCUUGGAAAGGGUGGAAGAACUGGAAGAAAACAUUUCUCAUUUGUCUGAAAAACUGCAGGACACGGAAAACGAAGCCAUGUCCAAGAUUGUGGAACUGGAAAAGCAGCUCAUGCAGAGGAACAGGGAGCUGGAUGUUGUUCGAGAAAUCUACAACGAUGCCAAUACCCAAGUGCACACGUUGAGAAAAAUGGUCAAAGAAAAAGAAGAAGCCAUUCAAAGACAGUCUACUCUGGAAAAAAAGAUUCACGAACUAGAGAAACAAGGGACCAUUAAAAUCCAGAAGAAAGGGGAUGGGGACAUCGCCAUAUUGCCUGUCGUGGCGUCUGGCAUUCUGCCUGCAGGGUCCGGAAUGGCAGCGGGUAACUAUGUGGGACCGAUAUCGGGGGCUGCCUCCGCGGGCCCCCUGCCCCCUCUUCCCCCACCACUAUCUCCAUCAUCAGAUGCACCCGAAGCAGUACAAAAUGGCCCAGUAACACCACCCAUGCCGCCACCUCCCCCGCCACCCCCGCCCCCACCCCCGCCUCCCCCACCACCACCUCCCCCUCUCCCGGGACCUGCAGCUGAGACCGUGCCAGCUCCUCCUCUGCCACCCCCACCUCCCCCCUCUGCACCCCCACUCCCUGGAACAUCUUCACCCACCGUGGUUUUCAACUCAGGAUUAGCAGCUGUGAAAAUUAAGAAGCCAAUCAAGACGAAGUUCAGGAUGCCAGUUUUCAACUGGGUUGCUCUGAAGCCCAAUCAGAUCAAUGGCACAGUCUUCAAUGAGAUCGAUGACGAGCGAAUUCUGGAGGAUUUAAAUGUGGAUGAAUUUGAGGAAAUAUUCAAGACAAAAGCCCAAGGUCCUGCCAUUGAUCUUUCUUCAAGCAAACAGAAGAUAUCACAGAAGGGAUCAAGCAAAGUGACGCUAUUAGAAGCAAACAGGGCCAAAAAUCUUGCCAUAACUUUAAGGAAAGCUGGGAAGACUGCCGAUGAGAUAUGUAAAGCUAUUCAUGUAUUUGACUUGAAAACGCUGCCUGUAGACUUUGUGGAAUGUUUGAUGAGGUUCUUGCCAACCGAGAAUGAGGUGAAAGUGCUUCGGCUCUAUGAGCGGGAAAGGAAGCCCCUGGAGAACUUGUCGGAUGAAGACCGGUUCAUGAUGCAGUUCAGUAAAAUCGAGAGGCUCAUGCAGAAGAUGACCAUCAUGGCCUUCAUCGGGAACUUUGCGGAAAGCAUUCAGAUGCUGACUCCUCAACUGCAUGCAAUUAUAGCAGCAUCUGUUUCUAUAAAGUCAUCCCAAAAACUCAAGAAAAUUCUGGAGAUCAUCUUGGCCCUGGGAAACUAUAUGAAUAGCAGCAAACGAGGAGCAGUUUAUGGAUUUAAACUUCAGAGUUUAGAUCUGCUCUUAGAUACAAAGUCAACAGACCGAAAGCAAACGCUUUUGCACUAUAUAUCAAAUGUUGUAAAAGAAAAGUAUCACCAAGUGUCCCUGUUUUAUAAUGAGCUUCAUUAUGUGGAGAAAGCUGCUGCAGUCUCUCUUGAGAAUGUUUUGCUGGAUGUCAAGGAGCUGCAGAGGGGCAUGGACUUGACCAAGAGGGAGUACACCAUGCACGACCAUAACACACUGCUGAAGGAAUUCAUCCUCAGCCAUGAAGGGAAGCUGAAGAAGCUGCAGGAUGAUGCCAAGAUCGCACAGGAUGCCUUUGAUGAUGUUGUGAAGUAUUUUGGAGAAAACCCCAAGACGACACCACCCUCUGUCUUCUUUCCAGUCUUUGUCCGGUUUGUGAAAGCCUAUAAGCAAGCAGAAGAGGAAAAUGAGCUGAGGAAAAAGCAGGAACAAGCUCUCAUGGAAAAACUUCUGGAGCAGGAAGCUCUGAUGGAGCAGCAGGAGCCAAAGUCCCCUUCCCAUAAAUCAAAAAGGCAGCAGCAAGAGUUAAUUGCAGAGUUAAGACGACGGCAAGUUAAAGAUAACAGACAUGUAUAUGAGGGAAAAGAUGGUGCCAUUGAAGACAUUAUCACAGAUCUUAGAAACCAGCCAUACAGACGAGCCGAUGCGGUGAGGAGAAGUGUCAGGCGGCGCUUUGAUGAUCAGAAUUUGCGUUCUGUUAAUGGUGCCGAAAUAACGAUGUGAGCCUGGAGACGUGCCUGCAUGAAGAGACUGUGUGCACAAACGAAACUUUGUCCACAUGAACUUUAUGUGCUACCAUUUAAUGCAGCCUUGAACACAGCUAAACUAUUCUUAAGGGCUCUGAUUUAGCAAAUACAUAGGAAUGUUACAAAUAAUGGGCUCUCCUUUCAACCCUUGUUAACAAGUGCCUAAAAGUGGAAGUACCUGCUCAGAUUAAUCAAAGCAAUAGGAUUUGAUUUGAUUAGGUAUCUUUUUACACCAAUAUGUUACUGAGUUUUUUUAACCAAAAUGUAAAUUUCAUAUUACAUUCAUUACUUGUCAUUUGAUUGUCCCAGGAUGGCUUGCUCUGGUUUCCUGAUAAGUUGUAAAUAACAUGGAUACAUCUGCUAUGGGCUCCUUUGCUGAGCUUUUAAGGAAUUAAUUUCAUUUCAGCCAUACCCAUUAACUGUGUUUUUAAGUGCUUGCAACAUGGAAGAAGGAAAUAAUCACUAACUUUUUCUGACCAUAACCACAUCCUAGCCAGGUACAAACAGGAUGCAAAUGCAGUGGUACAAUUUACUCAAACCUUUGCCUCCAAUUUCACAUCCUACUACUGUGCUAGGGUGUGAUGCCCUGUAAGAUGUUUGUCAGUAUGAUUGCAGGGAUAUGAUGGCAUAAAAAUGUUGUGUAAGACUUAUUUGCAGUACUGAAUUCUUCAGCUAGAGGCAGCUUUUUAAAUAAUGCAAAUAUGCAUUUGUUAAUUAGCACUAAAAUUAACAUCUCAAUAAUCAGUAUUAGGAUUUCUGAGGACCAUUAUGGGUCAAUCCUGAGAACAGAAAUUGGUGCCUUGCUAGCCAGGGACUAGUUUACUAGCUUUACUGACUAGCAUUCAAGAUCGCACCUGCUAGCAGAGUAGUAUUAGUAACCCGGCCUUAUUAUCCUCUGACAAUCGCAGGAUUUUGUGUUGUUUUUUAAUUGGAGAAGAUACACUUGGCAUCUGUGUCAAAGCUGUUAAAUUCUUGUAUUUCCCAGAAUUUUUUAUGGGGAAUUGGAAUGAAGAUGCUGAAAUAUUCACAUUGAGAUUAAGUUUAAAUAUGUAGUGGGCCUAGUUGGCCAACUAAGCCAGUUACUUUCCUUUCUUUCUGGCAAGGCACUUGAUCCAUUCCAAAGUCAAAAACUGGAUUGAAGCUAAAUUUUUACUUUUCAUAAGCAUUUUGAUUCUGGCUUACCUUCUUGGAAUAUUACAUCAGUAUAUUAAUUGUAAAGUUUAUUGUAUAGUAUUUAACCACUGAAUUUCUUAUUUUAUGUUGUGCUUAUGUGAACCCCUUGGUGAAGGUCCCAUUUUCCUUGGAUAAUGUGUAGUUAUAUGAUCUCUUUUAAAAUGUACAGAUAUUUUGCUAUAAAAUUGGUGCAGUUUUUUAUGGUUUUUACAGUUCUCUUUAAUUCCCACCUAAACCUCUGGGUAAUAUUGUAAAUAUUGUUUAAAAAUGCAUCAGCCAAUGCUAUACAAUCUGAAUGUUAUUUUAACUUAUAGUUUUUUUUUAAAAUAUAUAUAUUUAACUAAAAGGACAAUUUAGGGAUCAGUUACCACAUUUCACUUUUGCUUACCUAUUUACAAAGAGAUUACUUUUAAACUGCCAUCUACUGGCACAUUUCCAUAAAUGUGUACUUUUAAAAAGAACAUGCCAAGAUUUUGUCUGUUGACUCAACAUUUUGUUGAAAUAGCAAUUUGGCCAUGAAAUAUAACCCAAAUAGUUUGGUCUUUAUCACAAAGCAGUGUCUUUCCAGAGCUCAAUGCUGACAUGCAUGUUAAAAUAAUCACCUAUUUAUUAAUCUACAAAUGGACAAUAAUGUUGGCAUGUUCUUUUCUAUUUGUCUAUUAAUGGGCCUGCUUUUUAGCAAUAUUAGAAAUGUUUUAUAAAAGCAGUUCAUGUUAAUUUUCUGGUCUUUUCAUGGCAUAUGAGCAAAUAAACUAUUUACACUAC